UGUAAUAGUAUUUAUACUGGACAUCUUUGUUUUUUCCCACUGCACAAAGGCUCCAUGUGGGAAGUAGUAGGUGGAAGUCCUGAAGGUACACCUCUGUACAGGCCACGGCUUCCUUCUGAUCUGUGGCAAAAUGAGCUGGAAGUGGGAGAACCAUUCAAAGAAGAAAAGGCUGUUGCUAAAUACCUGCGCUUCAACUGUCCAACCAAGUCUACCAACAUGGUGGGACACAGAGUUGAUUAUUUCAUUGCUUCCAAAGCUGUGGACUGCCUUUUGGAUUCUAAGUGGGCAAAAGCCAAGAAAGGAGAAGAAGCUCUGUUUACAACUCGAGAGUCAGUAGUGGAUUAUUGUAACAGACUCCUAAAGAAACAGUUUUUUCACCGAGCUCUAAAAGUGAUGAAAAUGAAACCUGACAAGGACAUAAAGAAAGAAAAGGAAAAAGAGAAAGGAAAGACUGAGAGCGGAAAGGAGGAUGAGAAGAAGAGCAAAAAAGAUAAUGGAAAAGAAGAAAAGGCUAAAAAAGAAAAGGAAAAAAAGAAGGAUGGUGAAAAAGAAGAAGGCAAGAAGGAUGAGACCCCUGGGACACCUAAGAAGAAAGAGACAAAGAGAAAAUUUAAACUUGAGCCUCAUGAAGAUCAAGUCUUUCUGGAUGGAAAUGAGGUAUACGUAUGGAUCUAUGACCCUGUUCAUUUUAAAACAUUUGCAAUGGGCCUCAUACUUGUGACUGCUGUUAUAGCUGCAACUCUGUUCCCACUUUGGCCUGCGGAGAUGCGUGUGGGAGUUUAUUAUUUAAGCGUAGGUGCCGGCUGUUUUGUGGCAAGCAUUCUUCUCCUGGCAGUUGCCCGUUGCAUCCUAUUCCUUCUCAUCUGGCUGAUAACCGGAGGAAGACAUCACUUCUGGUUCCUACCCAACCUGACCGCGGACGUGGGCUUCAUCGACUCCUUCCGGCCCCUGUACACACACGAAUACAAAGGACCAAAGGCUGACUCAAAGAAAGAGGAGCGGCUAGAACCCAAAAAGCAGACAAAAUCUGACAGUGAAGAGAAAUCUGAUAGCGAGAAAAAGGAAGACGAGGAUGUCAAAGCUGAUGGCCAGGAACGCUUUGGAUCAGAAGGUUCUGGAGGAGAGCGGAAUUCGGAUACGGACAGUGACAGGCGGGAAGACGACCGGUCACAGCACAGUAGUGGCAAUGGGAAUGAUUUUGAAAUGAUCACAAAAGAGGAGCUUGACCAGCAAACUGAUGAAGGGGAUUGUGAAGAAGAAGAAGAUGAAGGCGAUGAAGAUGAAGAGGAGGAACAAGAAACUAGACCUUUACAUGAACAGUCAUAAUUCAGCUAUUGUUUGGGACUGAAUCUUGUGCAGAAACAAUUGGAUUUUCUAUGUUGGCUGGUGCACUCUUUUAACAGCGUUUCUCCCCGUUUGCAAAAGUAUACAGCUUAGCCAAACAUCUUUAUAAAAUAGUUCAUAAUUUGAUUUGCAAACUAAAGGAAACUAUUAACUUGUUAUCAGUUUUGAAUAAUGUAUGCUUAUCAAAAGAUUCGCAAGUGUAGCAACUUGUCAAUCGGUAGACAUUUUGUCUAGAGGAGUCAUCAAACAUAUAGAGAAAUAUAGCUCUCUUAUUAGUUUGAUAGAUUGCAUGUUUUCAGUAAGUAAACAUUUCUUCAAUAGGAAUUUAACACGGUAAUUUUGAAUGACAAACUCUCCAUUUAUUCUCAGCUGAUUUAUCAGAUUGGUACUUACAACAGACUAUUCAGUUCGUUCACUCUAACUGCUAUUAAUCUUCAUAAAGCUGUGAGAGUUUAGUUAGAAUGUUUUCAUUCAAGAAGAUAACUUUUUUGCUUAAGACCAACAAAUUAUUACCAUUCACUUGGCUGUAGAUUUUUAAGACUCUUUUUAAUUGUGUGCAACCAACUUAGGAAAUCCAGUCUGUUCUGUCCAUUUCGUUUGGAACGCAUCAUCUCCAGCAGGUUAAAAA